AUGAGCAUGAUUCACUACGGCGAGAAGGAGCUGGCUGCUCGACGGUUGCUUCUGGAAGAGAUGUACGAACACGUGCUGAGCAUGCUUCAUGCACACAGAGAGGUAAACAUGUACUUGUUUGUGAUCUACACUCUGUUCUCCUUAACUGAGACGCAGAUUCUCAAGCCACGAGUGCCCGUAAUGGUGGAUGCAAGGACUUGGAAUCUGCUGGUAGAGUUUCAUCGCACUAACAGCACCCUACCCAGUAGAAGCGAUGUACAACGUGUCUUCAAUAUUAUGGUGCAGCAGCGGUCCUUCACCUUUGGCGUGAGAGACAAGACACUGAUACGGUAUCCCAUCGGUAUGAGUUCAGUACUUGGGUAUAGGAAUACCGGGAUCCCGUUAUCUGAACUGCAAAAUAGUUACGCAGAUUACGAAGAUGCGCUGGGUGAAGUUGACGCAAAUGGAGCGGUGGACGAACUUUCGCACUACAACCCCGAAUUCCCACAGGACCUGAAAACCGAAUUACAGAAAUAUUGGGUCGCUUUUGUAAGUACCCCAAAACCGAGUUACAGAAAUAUUGGGUCGCUUUUGUAA